AUGAACAUCACCAAACUUAGCACUACCUCUGUUGGGUUCGCGGUCACCCCAACCGUCAUCUCGACUCUCUUCUCUCAUUACGUGAAUAGGGCGCCACUCAAGGAGCGUCCAACCGCUCAUUUGUCCUACGAUGAAGGGCUACAUUUGAUCCGCGCGUUUCUCGAGUUCGCGUCACAUCACACCAUUGACGAAUUACAGGCUUUCACCUCCCAAUGGGUUCCUCAUCCCCAAUGGGUCAAGGUGGAGGACCUGACCAUCGCAGAUGACCAUCUCAGCAAGGCCGCCUCCUUGCUCAAGGAGCAGCUUGGUCCGGACGGAAUCAAGCAGGUUGGCGGCGGCGAGUGGUGGCAAUGGAGGAAAUCAAAGUCACCGCUCCAGGCUGAAUGGAUUGAGAUGCGUUCAGAUGCGAAUGAGCGGAAGAAGGGACACAAUCCCGGAAAGCGCGUGAUGCUGUACAUUCACGGCGGCGCAUACUUCUUCGGGAGCGUGGAUGAGCAUCGGUAUCAGAUGCAACGCCAUGCGCGGAAGCUUAAAGCCAGAGUCCUGGCGCCGAAGUACCGGCUUGCUCCCCAGUUCCCAUUUCCCUGCGGGCUACAGGACUGUAUCGCUGCCUACCUGCAUCUUCUCACCGUGCAAGACCCAAGCGAGAUAGUGUUGGCAGGGGACUCUGCGGGCGCCGGCAUGGUCGUGUCUCUGCUGUGCGUUCUCAGAGACCAGAAGAUCCCGCUCCCUGCCGGCGCUAUUCUUAUCAGCCCUUGGGUCGACUUGACUCACUCCUUUCCUAGCGUCGGUGACCCUGCGCCUAUGGAUUAUAUUCCCCAAUAUGGAUUUCACCAUAAGCCCUCGAAAGCGUGGCCUCCGCCAAACGAGGAUGAUUUGGUUAUGCUGCGGCGGGAAGCGGACAAGAUCAAAGAAGGCUCAAAAGCAGCCGGGAAGACAAAACUGGAAGAAAAACAGCAGGAACCUGUGGCGCCCACCAGGGAGGACGCAAGUGACCGAGCUGCAACUGGCGGGCUUGUCACGGAUACCACAAAGUUCCUUUCCGUGACAAUUGAUGGGGAAUUGGUCAGACUCAAGGACCAGAUCCAGAUGUAUGCUUCCAACGAAUUGCUUGCGCACCCACUUGUGAGCCCCAUCAUGCAGCCUACCCUCGGCGGGCUACCACCGUUGCUCAUCAUGGUAGGAGGAGGCGAAAUCCUCCGGGAUGAGCAAAUAUAUCUUGCGCACAAGUGCGCCAAUCCCCAGCAAUACGCUCCUCCUGCAGAGAAGCUGGAUGCUAAAGGGAGGGAGCGGCUUGCUAUGUACAAGCCAACAAAUGUACAGCUUCAAGUGUGGGAGGAUCUCUGCCAUGUUGCCCCAACGCUGAGCUUCACCCGCCCUGCCAAGUAUAUGUACAGAUCCGUAGCUCAAUUUGGAGCCUGGGCUCUGGCCAGGGCACAGAAAACGAGCAUUGAAAUAUUGGAUGAUGAUGACAUCUCCAUCAUCUCCAGCUCCGAUACUCGCUCGGGUGACGAGGCUUCGGAUAAGGAGGAUAGCAACGGGGCUCGAGGUAAUCCCUCUGGUAAGGUUGGGAAGGCCGGUGAUCCCCUCCCGCCGUUCAAGAACCACAUGAUUCGUCAAAGAGUCACACGACACGGCGCUACACAUCCUUUAGCGCCCGAAUCAGAGCUACCAGCUUGCAACAUCCUACCGGAACUUGUCGGAAUUAUCAAGGAAGGCCAGGUAAAGAAAUGGCUAAACGCCAAGCGUCAAUGGGAUAGCAAGUAUGCAGCUACCAAGGCAAAGGUCCAUAAGGGAAUCAUUAAAGACAUGGCGGCCGGAUAUGAGAAUCCAUUCCCGGAAGAUAAUCCACCUCCCACCGCACUUGCUGGUCGUAUAAGGAAAGAUUAUAAGGAGAAGGAAAGUAAAAGAGUCAAGAGUCUCGGAUUGGCGCUUUGGUCAGUCUGGGGCUCGAAACACGACGAAUCAACCGUGGGCCGAGAGCUCAAGGCCAACCUGGCAGACCUCAAGGCUGAGGCGAAACUGGCUUCUCCCCAUGCACAGAGUAUGCCAUCUCCAGCUGAUGCUGAGUCUCACGAACCUCUUCCAUCCCCGUUAUCCGAUGGAAGGCCUAGAAGCUCGUCGCACCAGAAGGUGGUGGUUGAUGAACACCAGGUUGAAACAUCCCUGUCUCGGGAAGAAACGCUUGUAUCGGGGCUCAUUGCUAAGCGCAAGGAGGAGGAACAAACUUCCAGCCUACUCAGCGUGCCCAUGGGCACAGGUGCCACAGGCAAACGACCGCACCUGGAUGGCAUAGCAAUGCCGUUUAGUCUCGGAAAGGAGGCCGAAACUGCGAGCAUGAUGACCCUGCAUUCAGACUUGAGUCCCCGAAGUUCAAAGGAUGGUUUGUCAAGCUUGGCGGGCGUUCAAGGAGCAGCCAAUGAAGAUGAACCAAUAACCAAGGACGAGCCGAAACGGCCUGACUUGGAUACCUUUGUGACUGCGCCGGAGGUUCUCACCAUACCCACCAUUGAAAACGGACAGGCCAAAAUCCCAGUCGCUUAA